AUGCUGAUGCUAUGCGGGAACAUUUAUGGUGAAUGGGUCUUAGUGAUAGCAUUCUGUAGAAACGUUAGCCAUCAGAGGAAUGCGGUAUUUAUUGCCUCCCAUAUGAUAGUGAAUUUUCUUUUUUUUUGUGUGUGUGCGUAUUUUCCGACAGCUUCUGUAAUGCGUGAAAGCGUGAACUUUUCCUCACUGAUUGUGUCACAGCCCAACCAGGGUUUUUCUUCUCGUGAAGAGUGGUGUAGUUCACCGUAUCUAAGUGCAUAUAAUGUAAAAACAAUGUAUGGAAUUAAGCUUAACUACCUGUUGUGGACGCUACAGUAG